AUGGUUUAUUAUGCAUUGCUGUUACCUCCGUUUUUGAUGAUAGCUCCCAUUAUGAUUUUCGGUAGAAAAUUGGUAGUGUUUAAUCCUACCACUAAUCAGCGUAGGAUUAUUCCUAGGGAGAAGAAAUUGGCGGUCGAAAAACAUCGUGCUAUCAAUAUUGUUUUUGACCCUUCCAAAUCUGAUCAUUACAUGAUCGUAUGUGUCUUGGUCUAUGAUAAAAAAGAAUUCAGGUUCAAGGUAUAUUCAUCUGAAACUGGGGUUUGGAGUGAGACAGGGGUGACAUUUCGGAAACGUGGUGUCCGGUACUAUUUCGAAAGAGGGGUGCUUUGGAAUGGUGGUUUUCAUUGGGUUAGUAAGUCAUCAGGUACUCUAUGCUUUGAUUUGGACAAUCUGUGUCUAAGGACGGUGAUUCCUCAUCCCCAAAAUCCCUCCUCUGAGUGGUGUCAUAUCUGUUUCUUUGGAGAGUCAGGGAGGCAUUUGUAUUUCAUUGGUCUGGACAAAUCUGAUGCCACGCUAAUCAAAGUUUUUUCGUUGAAAAGGGACUAUUCUGAGUGGGUUGUGAAGCAUUGUAUUGAUAUUGCUCCUUUGAUUACACUGUAUCCAUCUAUGGUGGUUGAUGACUAUGAACCUAUAUACAGGGAGCGGUUUCAUCUGGAUAUGCCUUGUUUUGUUGUGGAUGAGAAAGAAAAGGAAACAAUGCCUGUGAUAUCAAUCGAGGGUAAACUCAUUGCUUAUGAGAUCAAUAAUAUGACUGUGAAGGAGUUUGCAAAAGUAGAUUUCGGUGAUCUAUCGAAGGGUCGUGCUCUAAAUUACGAUUGGCAGGCAGCUUACCGGCACACCGAGACAUUAGCUUGCGUUUAA